UACGAGAAGAGCCGAGUGGUUCGCCGGGAGGGGCACCGGCGUUCCAGCGAGCAUAAUACACUUUCCGUCCGUCCCGUAGCAAAUACGGGCUCGGACAGCUCUGUGUUGGCUGGCUUGCACUAAUUAUAGGUUGUCAAGGGAAGCACCGUUUCUGCACCGCUGGCUUGAAACCUGUCCACCCCUUCUCUCACUCGCCAAUCCGUGUUGUGCUCCUGCUGCCUUCUUUUGUCUGCUCCUCUCGAUCCGCGGGACUGCAAGAUACCGAAGAUGCCCAGUUCGCUUUUCGCAGAUAUGGACAGAAAUGGGGGCAGUCAGGUGGACGCACUGGGGGACCAAACCGUCCUCCAGAUAGCACUGGACCAGCUGCUCGGGUUGGACAACGAUGACAGCUCUGUUUACGACAACGAGCCGAGGAAGAAGAGCGUUAACAUGACCGAAUGUGUCCCGGUUCCCAGCUCGGAGCACGUAGCCGAAAUCGUCGGCAGGCAAGGCUGUAAAAUCAAAGCCUUGCGAGCAAAGACCAACACCUAUAUCAAGACUCCUGUGCGGGGGGAGGAGCCUGUGUUCGUGGUGACGGGCAGAAGGGAGGACGUAGCCAUGGCGAGGAGGGAGAUCAUCUCGGCCGCAGAGCAUUUCUCCAUGAUCCGAGCCUCCAGGAACAAGAACGCCAGCCUGAACGGCGGGGGCGGGGCUUCAAUCCCUGGGCCCCCCAACCUGCCUGGGCAGACCACCAUCCAGGUGCGGGUCCCCUACAGGGUGGUGGGGCUGGUGGUGGGGCCCAAGGGGGCGACCAUCAAGCGCAUCCAGCAGCAGACGCACACCUACAUCGUCACGCCCAGCCGCGAAAAGGAGCCCGUGUUUGAGGUGACGGGCAUGCCCGAGAACGUGGACCGCGCCCGGGAGGAGAUCGAGGCCCACAUCGCCAUGCGGACGGGCGGCUUCGUGGAGCUCACCGACGACAACGACUUCCAUGCCAACGGCACGGACGUGGGCUUCGACCUGCACGGCCACCCAACUCUGUGGAGCAAGUCCGUCCCUGGAACCACGCCCGCCGGCAGCCGCAAGCCCUUCUCCAACUACCGCAACGACAGCUCCAGCUCCCUGGGCAGCGCCUCCACCGACUCCUACUUCGGCAACAACGGAGGCUCCCGGUUGGCUGACUACAGCCCCCCCAGCCCCACCCUGAGCUACACGGCCUCCAGCAAUGGCAACAACAACAAUAACAACAACAACGCCAACGCUAACGGCAACAUGAAUGGCAACGCCGACAAGUUUGGCUCCAUUUCCCCAGGUUGCACUGAUCUGACUUUCAAAACUUCGCCAGGAUUCAAACACGCCCCAGCCACGCCCGCCGCUCCCAGUCUGGUGUGGUCCCAGUAUGAGCACCCCGCCCCUCCCAGUGCUGCCCCGCCCACAAUGUUUCCAGCUGACCCUCCUGCUAACGCCAGCGGGGGCGUAGGGAAGCAGAGGGCCCCUUCCAGACUGUCCCCGCCCCUGCAGCACCACCACGCCAACGGGCUCUCCCAGCACCCGCUGGCCCGCAGGGUGUGCAGUGACCCAGGAGGGGGCGCCCUCACCUUCUCCACCUUCUCUAACUGUGGGCUGCCCAACGGGGUGGACGAGCCCUCCGUGUGCGGGCCGCACCUCCCCGAAAUCCCCUCGGACUCCGCUUCAUCGGAUUCCUCGACGUCUUCGUCGUCCUCUUCCUCUUCCGUGGGUACGGGCCGGAAGGGCAGCCGGGACUGCUCGCUGUGCUUCGAGAGCGAGGUGAUCGCCGCACUGGUGCCCUGCGGGCACAACCUGUUCUGUAUGGAGUGUGCCAACCGCAUCUGCCAGCGGAACAAUCCAGAAUGUCCCGUCUGCCACACUGCUGUCACUCAAGCCAUACGCAUCUUCUCAUAGGACGUGCCCAACCGGGACACACCUCAGAGCGAACCAGAACUGUAGUGCGUUUUCAAGACAAAACGACACACGUGUACAUGAACAUGUGUGUGGAUGUAGACAUAAGUAUAGGUGUCUGUGUUGACGUAGAGACAUGUAUGUGUAGAAACAGGGAAGUUUUUGUGUAUUAAAAAAAACAGCGUGCGUGUGAGUGCGUGCAUGUGUGCGUGUGUAGACGUACAGACACGUGUGUGUGAUGUGGGUGUGUGAAGUCUGCGUGCUGGUGUGCAUGCAUGUGUGCGCACAGGGCCGCAGCAUCCCAAAGAGGAGCAGUGGUCAGGGCUCUGCCGUUUGUCAUGUACUGUAACUUGGGAACAUUUACAACAUCUAAUGCAUGCUUUAAAUAUUAGAGUAUAAUUGGAACAUUUGCAGUAAUGUUGCUGUUUGUGAAGUUAUGAAAUGGAGGAAGACACUUGCUGGGGUUCUUAUUUCAUGGCAGUGAAGACAGUCUGAAAUAGGCCUUCAGGUUUGACUGCUGGAAUGUACUGGAGGCACAAGUAAUGGCUAUAGCUAUGCGGAAGAUAUAUAGAACAAUAUUGAAUCUGCAGUGAGUAAGAGUCAUGGCAUAUCUUGUGUAUAUAAAUGCGUGUAUACAUAGAUCCAAAAUUUCACAAGUUUAAAAUGUAAAUAUUAAUUGCAUUAAUACAGAUCAAAGUAUUUUAUUCUUUGACAUGAGAGACUAUAUUUCGUAUUGCAAAGAUGUUUACAAGUAUUGUUAUUUUAAGUUCAGUGAACUUUUUUGUAGCUGGGUAAAACCUUUUAUCUUUCCUUUUCAGUAUGGCCUUAAGGCAGUGAACACUGUAUAAUUUUAAUAUCAUAAACUCUUGGGCAGAAAUACAAACCACAAAAUGUAUUUCAAUUAACAGUAUUCUGUUGGGAUGGGUUUUUAAGUUCAGCAAAAAUGUCUUUUGAAAUUGCUUCACCCAGCAUAUUUUUUAUUCAGUAAUAUAAAGCAUAUUUUAUUCUAUAUUAUUACAAAACCUGAAAUGUAUAAAACUUAGUAAUUCCAAUGAAAAGGAGCCUUUUAUGCUUUAUAAAAUUUGUAUAAAUUAGAUUCAAGUGGGAAUUACAGGAUUCUGUUGCACCACUAUAGUUUUAGGAUUCCUAUUUUAAUACAUUUGUUUACCACUUGUUUAUGUAUAUGUAGGUGAAGUUAAUUGAGUGUCAGUGUACUUUAUUGAACAAAGUUUAAAAUCAAAAUAUAUUUUAUUUUAUGAAAAAGGGCCUUUAAUCUCAUGGUCAAAUACUAAUAUUAUAUUUGCUGAAACAAGAUUUGAAAAUGUAUUAAGAGUUUUAUUUUUCUGACAUUUGAAGUUCAUAAGGUAAAACUUAAGUAAAGGUGCUACUUCAUGUUUUUUUUAGCAUUUCUAUAUAAAUACAAUAAAAUGGUACAUGAAA